AUAAGAAAUGUAUUGUAAGUGGCAAAGAAAGAAAAGCCAAGGAGGGUUCAGACAGUGAUCACAUUAAAUAAGUCAGAAUAUAUACACUGCUGGAGAAUUGUGACAAUACAAACAACCCACAUUUAACAAUAUGGGCACUGAUUAGAUCCCAAUAUUACAAUAGGAACAUAAUACUGAGCAAUAUCAGACGGCCAAUGUGCCCAGACUGUGUGCGUGUGAAAAGUGCAGCACUUUUGGAGAUAUAUAUAUAUAUAUAUAUAUAUAUAUAAAACAUAUACAGUAUAUAUGUCAUUAUUAAUACGUGUGCAUAGUGCAUAACAAUCCACGCCAGGGAUUGGGCGGGGUUGGGCUUUCGGGGGGAAGUUCAGUGAUUGGUUUGAAUAUUUACAGACUCUAAACCAAUGGGCGAGUGGAACACUCGUUUAAAGACAGUGUGUGGAGACUGGCACUACCAUCAUUGAUCAGUACUACAUACUGUGAUAAUUUAGCUGAAAAUGAGCGGCAGAGGCAAAACCGGCGGUAAAGCCCGAGCAAAGGCUAAGACUCGCUCCUCCAGGGCGGGACUGCAGUUCCCCGUCGGCCGUGUCCACAGGCUCCUCCGCAAGGGAAACUACGGCGAGCGCGUUGGUGCCGGAGCUCCUGUUUAUCUGGCGGCGGUACUCGAGUACCUCACCGCUGAGAUCCUGGAGCUGGCCGGAAACGCCGCUCGGGACAACAAGAAGACCCGCAUCAUCCCCCGUCACCUGCAGCUGGCGGUGCGUAAUGACGAGGAGCUCAACAAACUUCUGGGCGGAGUGACCAUCGCUCAGGGUGGCGUGCUGCCCAACAUCCAGGCCGUGCUGUUGCCCAAGAAGACCGAGAAACCCGCCAAAUCUAAGUAAAAGGAGGACAGACUCGGUUACUGAAACAAAGGCUCUUUUAAGAGCCACCUAUUUUAUCUGUCAACGAGCGCUUUUCUCUUAAUAUUUAUAAACAAUUUUGGUCAAGGAGGAAAAUAAUCCACCUACACAACAGUGUCUAUCUCCACCGUUGACGUUAUGUACAUGCUAUAAGAACAUGCUCACCUAAUGUAUGUUUACCACCCAAUUCAUUUCUUCUGAUAUUAAAAUAUAGUUGCCAUGCUUUGACUAUAUUGAAUAUUUUAAUAAAGGGUAAUAUACAUGUCGGCUUCAGGGAAAAAGGAUUUGAUCAAUGUGCCUUCUUCUAUUAGAUUUUUUUGGCAGUUGGCACACAAUGAAAUGGUGUAUUACUGCCACCAACUGGUAUGGAGUGUGGAACUGAAUGCCUUUUAGGCAACUUGGAUCAUUUCCCUCCCUUUUCCCUCAUAUUUUUUACAGUGUAUCAUGACGUGUUC